AUGAAGCGUAAGAAGACAGAUACAGCUCCGUCAGACAAUAAGGUUGAUGAUAAUGAUGGCUUAUUGCUUGCAAAUGGCGAAACAAGAAUCAAGAAACCAAAACCAAAUAGCAACUAUAUACCUCCUGGUCACGUUAGAAGGCGACCUCCGCAACGAGCUGCAACAUUGGAAACCGACAUUUACGUGUCGAAAAAGACCUACUUUGUUGCUGCGCUGAAGAGAGCUCGUAAAGUACUAGACAAUCCAAAGAUUGGUUUCAUAAACAUACACGGACUGGGAGCUAUGAUUGCCAAAGCUGCUUCUAUUGCUCUACGAAUAGACGAAGAAACUCCUGGUGUAUAUGAGAGAGAUGUCACUAUCUCCUCUGUAUCGUGUUUUGAUGAUAUUGAGCCUGACGAUGAGGACGAAGAACCUGAAACGAAAAAGAGAUUCACGUCAGCUAUACAUAUUCGAAUGACAAAGAAGAAGGGGUUGCCCUUGGUCUAG